UAUGGCAACACUUUAUAGGUGCAUUGUUUUGUUUUAUUCACAUAUGUUUUGCGAUUGUGAAAUAAAGUGAGAGCUGACAAAAUUAGCUAGACGUUAAAAUAUUACUAAUAUUUAUUAAAAAUGGGAAAAGAGCAAAUUGCGCUUCCAGAUGAGGACUUGGACUGGAUUCAAUUGCGCCAGGAUUUUGGCUCAUUUCAGCCAGAAACCACCAAAGAAAAAAUGUUGCGCAAAAUCAAAGAGAACCCAGUUGUUCCGAUUGGUUGCUUGGCUACCGCUGGUGCAUUAUCCUAUGGACUAUAUAGCUUUCGAAAUGGCAAUCGACGUAUGUCUCAGAUAAUGAUGCGCACACGUAUUGCUGCGCAAGGCUUCACGGUGCUCGCAUUAGUCGCUGGCGUCGUUAUGACGUAUGACACCAAACAAUAGAGGCAGUUAGUCUGGUGUGGCAGAUACAACCAGUUGCUAAAAAGAGAUGGGUGUGUGUAAUAACUAAAGUAUCAUUUAGCCACUCAUCUACUAAUAAUAAUUAGUAUAGUGUUGAAUAUGUUAUAUGUUUCUAAGUAAUAAUUUGUUUUCAAUUAUCAUUAAAAAAAAUUUUUAGCUAAAGCCAAAUAA